AUGGCGCCAGCGAAGCGGAAGACACACGACGGGAGAUCCUCGACAGAUGCAGGCGAGAAUCGGCCAUCACCACAUCGUCCUGGAAACAUGAAUCUAGGGCAGCAUGACAGAGCAGCAGACCCUCGUAAUAAUGGACGAAGGCGCUCAAGUCGAGGAGGACAAGGAGGUGCCGGUGGAGGAAGACCCAAUCGAAGAAACGAAGAUCGCAAUAAUUCGAACCAAUUCACAAUCGGCGCGAGAGAAAAUCAGACACCAGGACCUAGCUCUCCGCCUCCACGACCGCAAAGCGCAGUACAAACGCCAACUGCUACACCUAGCCCUGUAUUCAAACGGGAGGUCGCCCCAUUUGAUUACACCUUUGUCACUGACGAGCGAGUGGCAUCUUGGAGUACGGGUGGUCGUGACGAGGUUGCGAAAGCGGGCAUACAGGCACGUCAAGAUGAAGAUUCAAUGGAUCUGGCUUCCGUCUUCCACGAGCUAUCACGCGCAAGUCUUGAUGGUCGAAUCGAUGCAUCCGAAUGCGGUACAUGUAUCAAGGACAUACUAAAUUCCGAACCAGCUUCAGAAGACAGCAGCUCUGAUGGCUCGUUUGAUGCUCAUACAUACUUUCUGGACAUGAUAUCUAUGAUAUACGACGCGGAGGAACCACCUUUCAAUCCUGCGCUGAAAGCGUUUAUCACUGCGACAGGAAUUUCACCUAAUCUUAUGCGCCAAAAGCUUGAUGCGCAGCUUCUACAAAACCUUGGGUUGACAAGGGACACUUUUAUUCGAGUCGGAAUUCGCCAAGCAACCCACUUGCUUUAUCGGCAAGCAAACUACAAUCUGCUCCGCGAGGAAAGCGAAGGAUACUCCAAGCUUGCAACUGAACUCUUCGUUUCGAGCGGAGGUAGCGAUUCCCUGGUGGAUCAAGCAACUCAGGCGCAAGCGCGAGAUGCUUUUGAACGGGUUAAAGGUCUUAUUGGAACUUUCGACCUCGAUGUCGGCAGGGUGCUUGACAUAACGUUUGACGUGUUUGCGUCGAUUCUGAUAAAACAGUACAAGUUCUUUGUCAUGCUACUUCGAGCUAGCUCUUGGUGGCCUAAGCACGACCUCCACGGUGAAAUUGCCAAGUUUGAAGGACUGCCGUCUUGGGCAUUACCUGGAUACACGGAAUCAAAGGAUGAAGAGGAGGCUGCAAGGUUGUACAGAAUCAAGAGAGAUUCAGCAUUCUGGGACCGAGCACGCCUAGUUGGACUGGAUGCAUUCUUCGAACUAGGAGGUAGGAAAGUGGUAGAUGCUGAUAGUAAAGCUCGACUCCUGGGUGCCAAGGGGAGCUUUGACGAAGAGCAAGACGCUGAUUGGAAAUGGAUUGAACAAACUGGGACGUUUCCACCAAAUGGAAACAAAACCGCCGCUCAACUGCUAGGCUUCAAAUUGCGAUACUACGUGUCCCCGGGCCGCGACAAGGGUGAAGAUUUUCCGGCGAACCUCAUGUAUCUGGCUGCUUUGCUCAUUAAGAUUGGCUUUGUGUCUUUACGAGACUUAUAUCCCCAUCUUUGGCCGUCAGAUGAGCAAAUGUCAGCUGUCAAGGAGAAGAAGGAAAAGGAAUUGGCAGAGAAAAGCAAAGCAGCUCGCGGCGGAGGUGCAGCUAAUGCUUUAGCUAUGGCGGGAGCACUAGCCGACGACACCAUACCUUCUGGCGGGAGGACGCGAGACACAACUACAAAAGCGGACGACGUCUCAAACACAGAGGGCAAAACCGAAGAUAAAGAGAAGCCCAAAGAGUCCGCGGAUCAAAAGUCCCUACUGCUGAUCAAUCUUUUGACUAUCGGCGCAAUUCCGGAAGCUUUGUUCAUCCUGGGUCGUUUUCCAUGGAUUCCAGAUGUCUUUCCUGAGGUCAUACCACUUAUCAAUCGCAUAUUAGACCACUCCAUCAGUGAUGUUUAUGCUACGACCCGACCGAUAGCAUCAUCAACUGUGGCUUGUUCUAGCAAGAAGUUUGUAAGCCCAGAUCAGAGUGGAAUGCCGAAGGGCCAGAUUCGCCUUGCUCAACCGCCGACCAAGUCGCUGAUGCGAUGGCCUUUCCCUCAGCAGUAUGAUGACCCUGCUUCUAAUACCAACUAUAAAUUUUAUUGGGAAAGCUGGGCAGACAUAAUACCAAUGUGUCAAAACGUGGAUGAUAUCUUCACGCUUUGCGGCACACUGCUCAACUAUUCUGGUGUCAACAUCGGGCGGCAUCCUUCCCUUUUAUCGAAACUCGCUAGAAUUGGGGCUAUGAGUCUCUCAAAUGAUAGUUCUAAACAAAACUUGGACAGGUGGCAGGAUCUCUUAAAACGUCUUCUCGUGCCAGCGCUCAGCUUGACGAAAGCCAACACUAGUGUGGUCAAUGAAGUCUACAACAUGCUUCGCUAUUAUCCGGUCACUAUUCGAUAUACAAUAUACGCAGAGUGGUUCGAGGGUCAGAUAUCACGCCUGCCUGCAAUGAAAGCCGCCUUCGCGCAGACUCGACUUGAAACACUCUCCACUAUGAAGCGAAUCAGUAAAACCAAUAUUAGUUCAAUGGCGAGACGCCUUGCCAAGGCCGCCUACGCAUCGCCGGGAAUAGUGUUCAGUGUCGCUCUGAGCCAAAUCGAGUCCUACUCUAAUUUGACAGAUGUCGUGGUGGAAUGCGCCAAAUACUUCACCGACCUCGGUUAUGAUGUUCUGGUCUGGUCGCUCAUGAGCUCCCUCGGAGGCAAGGACAGAAAUCGGAAUAACUCUGAAUUUGCUUUGCUUCCAAGUAGAUGGUUGAUUGCGCUGUCAAAAUUUUCGGGCAAGGUGUAUAAGCGUUAUUCGAUCAUGAACCUUUCACCUAUCAUCCAAUACAUAAACCAUCAACUAUAUCGUGGCAAUGCCACCGACUUAGUAAUUUUGAGGGAGCUCAUUGCUUCUAUGGCGGGAGUGGUGCCAGAUACGGAUUUCACGGAUGCUCAAAUCACCGCGAUGACUGGUGGGCCCGCUCUUCGACGACACACAUUGAUCAACCUCCAAGAUUUGCGUUACGAAUCAGUCAAAACCGCCAAGCGUCUAAUUCGAGCCCUGACUGAAUCCAAGCUUGCUGGCCAGUUGCUGCUCUCUAUUGCUCAGCAUAAGCAAUCAGCCAUUUACACCAUCUCUGACGAGGAAGCUCACAUAAAAAUGCUGGCCACUAUGGUGGACGAAGCCCAAUCUAUGUUAUUUCAAUAUUUGGACCUCCUCCGCAGCAACCUCAGUGUCGAGGAGUUUGACGAGCACGUCCCUCGCAUUCCUGAUCUCAUGACUGAAUUUGGACUUGCUCCAUCUCUUGCUUUCAUGAUCGGACGAGCUAGCCUUGUUCAUCAUAUAUUACAACUAGCGCCACCAGUCCUCAACGGCGACCGAAAAGCUAUCAUGUCUCCUCCAGAGGCAAAGACCGAUACAGAAGGGGAUAUUGGAAUGAAUGAACCUGGCGACAACGCCGCCAUCGGUGAUGGAACCAGUGCGAUUGUGAAGAGCGAAAAUGACGUUGAAAUGGCUGAUAAGGACGGCAGAUCCUCUGGAACUCCCAAUCCAGUGCAAAAUGGUGCAGGCGAUUCAUAUGACAAGCUCAUGGAGCCUUUAGUGUCUUGUGUUCAGACCGUCCUCUCAGAGCACACGUGGAACGCGAUGAGUCCCGAUUUCUACGUAACCUUCUGGUCGUCAACACUGAGUGAUCUAAAUCCACCUGACCUUCUUUACGAUGCGGAAAUCAAGAAAAUCAGAGAGCAGGAGAGAAUUGUGGGGAACGAUCGUGCUGACAUGUCACGAUCCGGCUUGGCUAAGAAGGAAGAGACGAAGAAGAAAUUGGCUGAGACGCGAGAGGAUAUUCUAGCGGAGAUGCACAAGGAAGUCGAUGCCUUCACCAAAGGACGAACCCGUUUGCUGAAGCGAAAGUCUCAGUGGCUGCAAACUUCCGUCAAAAUUUUGCCCGACAGAGUCAGUGACGAGUUGCUCGAGAAGUGUUUUAUUCCUCGACUGCUGCUGUCACCCACAGAUGCAGAUUACUCGUUCCGGAUGAUAAAGUUCUUGCACGAUAAUGCGGUACCAAACUUUAGGACACUUUCGGUAUAUUUGCGUAUCUUCAGGACUAACCGCCUUCGCACUAUAAUCUUUACAUGCAGUGUUCGUGAAGCAGAAAAUCUCGGACGUUUUCUCAAAUCAGCACUUUUGGAUCUUCAGAAAUGGCAUUCGGACAACGCCAUUUAUGAUGAGCAAGCCUUUGGUCGGCGCAAGAGCCUAAUAGGAUUUGCCAAAAAACUGGAAGCUGAUGGAACACCAGUUGCUUUCCUUCCCUAUGAGGAUUUCCAAUCUCUCCUCUUACGCUUGCACACUGCCUUAUACUCCUCGCUCCAUGAUUGUUUCGAUGGAACGGAAUGGAUGCAAAUCCGAAACGCAAUCACGAUAUUGAAGACCGUCGCUGAGGUCUUCCCUACAGUUGAUACUCAGGGUUUGGACCUCAUUGCACAGCUCGAAGCUCUCACUGCCAGAGAAAAGAAUGUGAGAGAAGAUCUUGCUCUGACAGGGAACGCUGUCUUGGUCCUUUUGAAAAGACGAACCAAAAAUUGGAUAAGCCAAAAGAAAUUUGCGCCACUAGCUCCUCUUCCAAAGGUAACAAAUGGAGGCGCUGCUCCUUCAUCCGCAAAUUCGAAAGCCAGCACACCCAAGACUUCCCUAAAGCCUACGGCUCCCGAAUUUCAACCUAAGUCCAGAGCAAGCUCUGCCGGUGUGUCUACUCCUAAACCCGGAGAAGUAGAGGACGGCGAAGUCGAUGAUGCAAGGCAUGCGAAAAAUGCUACAGCCGCAGCGAAGAACCUUAGUGAUGCUCAGCCCGCGGCGCCAUCUACCCCCGCAAACCCACCUCCUCAAAGAUCGGAGAUUCUUAUACAGAGAGAAAAGGUCAAGGCUGAGAGAGCUGCUCAAGCCCUUGCGAAUGUCCCUAGUCGACCCGAAACUUCGAGACCGCAUACACCAAGUACAAUUCUUGAUCGCGCUCCUCCGAGUCUACCUAACCGCCCAGAUGCUCCGAUUCCCGCCCAUAGUCAUAUUGAUAGGCAUCGUCACUCCGAGCGUAGAGAUGAGCGAAGCCCGCGGGUCGUUGAUUCGGCUCGAGUGGACCGACCUGGUGACAGAACUCGGGAAUACCCUGCUGGAAAUCGCCGAACCGCAGAGCCAAAUCCACGAGAAUUUGGGAGAAGCACAGAUAGGGGCCUGAUUCCUGAUCGUGAGAGAUCACGUCCAGAGCCGCCACCACGAUGGGUUCCGGACUCCUCGCGAGAAAACACAGAAAGAGGCCUGAACGGGUCUCGCUCCAACGACAAUAUCGGCCGUCUAUCUCGCGAACAUGCAAUGGCUCCUCCACGGUCUACCGCUCCCUUGAUCGAUCGUGGUGUCGUGGUGAACUCAGAUAGGCUCUCUCAAAUCAAUUCAGAGAGUAAAGAUCUCAUAGAUCCUGGAAGAGCUGCACUCAUCUCAUCCUCAGACGCUCGAUCCGAUUCGCCACGUCGACAUAGGGACGACGUGAGAGAUAGACCGUCACCGCGAAAUCAAUCACCUAGACGGCAUCCUUCUGAUAGAGAUCACACAGAUUCUAGACGUGAUGAUAGGUCGACUCGCGGAGGGCCCGCUGAUGUCAACACGCCUCCUAGAGCUCGACAUGAUGAUCCAGGUGUUGCUCCCAUAGGACCUCGGGGCGACAGAUCUGUUGAAAGAGCUCCAGAACGCAAUGACCGGGCGUCCUUUCCUUCGACGCCUCCUGUAGCUCGUCCUAUUGAUCCUGACCAUGGUCGAUUGAACGCUGGCAACCGUCAACCACCGCCAGAUCCAAAUUUUGGUCGCCUGAAUCCUAGUUCUGCACAAGACAUACCUUCAGGGCCACGGGAUAGGCAGAUACGUGGGGCAAAUCGUGCAAGCGGCACUCAUGCUCCACGUGGAGACGGCAGACCUUCAAUGGAUCAACAGAUACCUCGUCCGCCAACCCCAGAUAAACAACCGCCGACGGGCCCGUCAUCUGGGAGACACCCUAGACGAUCUACAUCUGGCCAAUUUGACAAUGCAUCCCAUCAAGGUGGCAUGCCACAAAAUACACCACCUGCUGGUGGUUCUGCGCCUGGCGUUCACCCUGAUAGACUCAAACACCUACCACAUACACCAAAUCAGCCGCAUAUAUCUCACCAGCAACAUACUCCGCAUCAACAUCAACCCCCAAUCCAGCCACCACUUCCAAUGAGUGCCCCAAUACACCCUGAUAGAUUGAAGAAACUUGGCAGUGAUGGUCCAAAUGUGCCAUUGCCUACUGUCAGCCAAAUGAAUAACAAUCGACAGAGGCCUCCAGUGCCAUCACUUAAUACUAGUGGGCCUCCAUCUGGGCCUAAGGGAUCACAAUUGAGCCCAGUAAAUCCAAAUCCCAAUGGUAUGGCACCACCAACUGGGCCAGCGUCUGCUCAAGAACGAGCGCAACGUGGUGGUAGGAGGCAGCUUGCUGGAAUCAACAAUAUGUUACAACAAGGAGGUACACAAAAUGGAUCAAUUAGUGUAAGGGGUCGUGGCAGAGUUAGUGCCGGUCUUCAGCAAGAAUCCCCAAUAUCAACCUCCCCCAACCAGAUACCUCCACCUCCACCUGGUCCUCCUCCUGGAAGGCAAGCCCCGAGAGAAAUCAGCCGAGAUAUGGUCAACCCUGCCCGGGCUGACUUGAUCGAGGGAUCUAUGGAUGAGCGGGAGAAAGACCGCAGUAGCAGACGAUCAGGUCGUCACAGUAGGCGAAGCUCAAAGAGCCCUGGUCGUGAACGUGAUUCGAAGCGUGGUAACCCGGAGGAAGACCGACCUCCAAGGGGAGACUAUCGGGAACGUAGAGGUGGUGAUCGGGAAAAUGAUAGAGAAAGGCAUCCAGGUCGAUCACCAACGCGUGAUCUAAUGGCCGGCAGGGAUGGAAGUAGUGGAGCUCCGCGGGAGGGUCACAGAGAUCGUGACUCUAGUAGACGUGAUGGCAGAGAACGUGAUACUGCACGAGAGCCACACGAUGGACAGUGGCCAGGAGAAAGGGGGCCAGAGAGAGCCCCAGGGGGGCGAGGUAGAGAACCAAGGGGUGACGGCCGUGGAAGUGACGACCGUAGAAGUGGCGAGGGACGGGAUAAUCGCCCAAGCAGAGGGGAUGAAAGUCGGAAGCGUCGAAGUGAUGAAGGAGCGAUCGACCCUCGAGGCCACGACAAAAGACCUCGACGUAUGUAA